AUUUGUGCUAUUCUGUAAGCAUUCGUAUUUAAUAAAGUUGAUGAAAAACCUCUUGAAAAAAAUGUCAAAACUCAAACAAAAAUUUUAAUAAGUUAAGAGUAUAUUAAAACAUUUUAUAAACUUAGUUUGUUUUCAUACUGUAAAUUUUAUUUCUUUUUAUAAUAUUGUAUGUCUUUAUUAUGAACAAUAAAAAUCACCCAUUAUUUAAUUGAAAAAAAGUUAGGAAUUCAGAGUGAGAUAUCAUUUGCCACUUAAUAUGCCUGACUCGUGGGGUAGUUUUAUGAAUCAACCAUCCAGAGGAUGGUUACAUCCGGAUAAUGUUAUUACUAGAAGCAGUGUUUGUUAUGAAGUUCGGUAUAUUGGAUGUCUUGAAGUUUUAACAUCCAUGAAGAGUUUAGACUUUGAUACUAGAUUUUUAGUUGCUAAAGAAUGCAUUAAUAAAGUUUGUGAAACAGCUGGUUUGAAAACUGCCGAUAAGAAAAGAAAGGUAGACAAAAAAGUGCUAAGACUUAUUGGUGAUCAUCCAAUUAUGGACCAUGCAGGAUCAAAUGUAACUUUGUCUAUAUCAAGUACCUGCUUAACAUUAAAGCUAAGAGAUACUCAAGCUGUAAUCUCAACUCAUGAUAUGCCCAGAAUAUCAUUUGCUUCAGGAGGAGAUACUGAUACUAUAGACUUUGUUGCAUUUGUUGCAAAAGAUACAAAAGACUGGCGUGCUUGUUAUGUGCUAGAAUGUGGUGAAGGAGAAUUAGCUCAAGAUGUAAUCACGACUAUAGGACAAGCAUUUGAUUUGCGUUUUAAACAAUUUUUAACAAAACCUGCUCCUGUUUUAAAUUUUAAUACUCGUGAUGAACGCGAGUAUUACAAUGAUCUUCCUGGAAAAUCACCUCCAGAUUCUGGUCCACCUCCUGUUCCACCUCUUCCUUCAAAUCAUGAACAUCGUAAUAGAGAGAGACUUGUAUCAAACAAUUUAAUUGAUUUAAACUGUGAAACGCCUCCACCUCCUGUGCCAUAUCCUGCUCAUAAUUAUGUCAAUGAUUUUGUUGUGGGCAAUAAAAAUCAAAAUUCACAACCACGAGAUGUUUUUGAUAUGCAACCUUUUGUAGACAAUGAGUCAGUAUCAGUUAUGAUUCCAAAAUUGCAAGAUGAAAUUUGGUUUCAUGGAAGUAUUACUAGACAACAUGCUGAAGCUAUAUUAAAACAUGAUGGCGAUUUUUUAGUUAGAGAAUCGCAAGGAUCUCCAGGUCAAUAUGUGUUGACAGGUUUACAGGGGGAUGUCAAAAAGCAUUUACUUUUAAUUGAUCCAGAAGGAACAGUACGAACAAAAGAUCGUAUUUUUGAAAGUGUAAGUCAUUUAGUAAAUUAUCAUAGUGAAAAUAAGUUACCUAUUAUGUCAGCUGAAAGUGCUCUUAUAUUAAGAAAUCCAGUGCCACACUCUAGAUUUUAAUAAAAUAAAAUACCCUUACUGUGGAAUAUAAAACAAAUUUAAAUCGUACUACAAGACAUAUUGGUUAAUUUUUAUAGUGAAAUAGUUAUUUGAUAGUGUGGAAUAUUUGUAUUUUUGUAAAAAAAUUAAAAUUUUUAUUCUAAUGGCUUUAUAUUUUAUGGAAAUGUUAAUGUGAUAGAUUAAUUUUUAUCUUCAUUUACAUUGGUAUUAGUUGACUAGGUACUUUUAUUUGAUCAACUAAAAUUCAUGAAUUUAGUGUAAUUUUAAUCUGAUAUCAUUUUGUGUUGAUACUAGUCUUGUAAAUUAAAGUCCUUAUAUAUUUUCAAUGAGAUAAAUG